AGUGGCCUGUGUGAUGACUGAUGAGUGUAAUUUUUCUAUAAGUUUAUCUUUUUAGGCCUAUAAUUUAUUAAUUUAGCAUAUUCCCUCUUUAUUACCAUUUCUUAUUAUUAUUAAUUACUGCCUUAACCAAAUUUUGCAGCUUUAACUAAAUCCAGAAAAGGCAAACAAAACCCUCAAUCUUAGCAAACAUUUGCUCAAAACUCGAGCCUUUUGCAAAAGCUUUACCUUGAGUUUUCCAUUUUACCUCCCAUGGCGGCUCACCACCACCACCACCCUCCCCCUCCUCCUCAAUGCUGCGGAUGCUCUUCUGGCUAUGGCUGUAGCUCUAAUUGCGACUGUAACACCACUCACUUCAACCAACCCCACCAUUGUUACCCUUCAUCGUCAUCUUCCAUAGAUUCGCAUCCCCUUCUUCAAGUUAUUGCUUCACAUGUUCUACAGUCUACUACUGCUUCUGCUCAACAGCAACAACUCUACUCUCACUACCCAAAAUCACGAACCCAGAACCGGAAAAUCCAUGACCAGUCUCGACACUCAAAGCAGCGAUUGAGUCAACAAGAGCCAGAGCCAGAGGAGACCCAUCUCUUGAUCUCUUCUCUUCUUUCCCGUAUUGAAGCCCUCGAAACCUCUCUUCACCGUUUCUCUUCUGAUCGUUCUCAUUACUCUCUUCGAGAUGUGGCCGCUCGCGUGAUCCAACUCCAGUUCAGAGCCUUUCUUGUUCGCAGAUCACGAGCACUUAGGGAGCUCAAAGAUCUUGCUCUCGUUAAGUCGGCCUUCACAUCUCUCAAAUCAUCAAUUUCUGACGAGACCCAUUUUGAUAUUCACAAUGUCUCUUCUAAAGCCAUGGAUUUGCUUGUUAAGCUCGAGUCUAUUCAGGGUGAUGAUUCCAUGGUUAGAGAUGGGAAAAGGUCUAUCAGUAGAGAUUUGGUUCAGUUUAUGGAUUUCAUUGAUGGGGUUGCCUUGAAAAGGCGUGAGCUUUCUAUUAAAGCCAGGAAGAAUGCGAGGUUUAGUCGAAACAGUGACCCACCUAAGGUUAAUGUGAGCAAAAAUGGCUUGGGUAGAGAUCAGAGGGAAGUGAUUAGAAAAUUAAGAGAGAGAGUUGAAAAGAUUCGUGGGUAUACAAUGGUUCCUCAGGAUGAUGAUGAGUAUGUUGAGUUUGAAGGAUUUCAACAUGUCAGUGAUGAAGAUAAUGAGGCUGAGAACCCUAUAGUUGUUAUUAGUGGAAAGAAGGGUCCAAUUAGAAAUGGGGUGUUGGCAAACAGAUCAGGGGAUCAGCCUAGAGUGAAAAAGAGUGUGAGCUUUGCAGAGAAUGAUAAUUUGUUCAAAGUUUUUAGCAAUUCAAACGAGGCUAGUUCAAAUGAGGAAGAUAGUACUUCUACUAAUUCUAGUGAUGGUCAUGGAGAUGAUGGGGAGAACAAUGGGGCUGAUGUUGAAGAACUUAAGGGCUUUUCUCUGGGCACUGAGGAUGAUGAGGAGGAGGAAGGAGAUGUUGUCAGUGUAGGAUCUUCACAGACCAGUAAUGAGGAAAGGAAUUCUAAAACCGAAAGCGUUACAAAAGGUGAAGUUAACUAUAAAAUUAAAGGGCAUAAUGAAGAGUUUGUAUUCUCUGCUCCUUUGCCAGUUCAGAUGGAUGACAAAGCUGAUUUGAUGAAGAGGAGAAAUGAGGUGAAAAUUUUGAGGUAAGAACUAAUAAGAAGAGCCAUUAGCAGCGGUCAGAGUUGAGACAUUAUGUGGCUAGUGAAUAGUAAUUAGGUUCUAGUUUUGUUAUUGUAUCUUCCACAAUUUCAUUCUAAUUAUUCAGAUUAAUUUGUCAGAGCUGACAGGCAUUAAUAUUGUGGGGCUUUAUUAGAUUUGUUGGUCUUUUCCCACAAUUCCAUUGACUUAAAUAUGCCAAUUAUUUGGUCUCAGAGAUUUAAUGUUCAUGGAAUGAGUGGUUUGGCUGUUAUAUUUCCCACCUCAAUGUUGUAAUGUUUUAGGACACAGGAGUUGAAUGUAUUUGUAUCAUUCAUUGCUACUUC